AAACAGACAGAUCAGCUGAUAAAAAUGUGUUUAAUGAACCUGAUUAAAAACAAUUACACUUCACCUCAGAACCCAAACUGUCUGAACAGUAUUUACCAACUGUUUUGUAAAUUCAUAUUCCUAAUUUUAAUGGAUUUCAAUUAUUUCUAUUAUUUACCAUUUUUAUGGUGUUAUUUCUUUAAGUUACAAACAGACCAUCAGCGAAGAAAAUUAAUGUAUUAAGAAAGCAACUUUUUUUCACACUCUAAUUCAAUUGAAUUAAUAUAAAAUAGCAGUAACGACUUAUCAGGUAAGUGUUGGCUCAAUUGAUUUUGGUUUUUAUUUACCCUCCUUAUCUGAAAGAAAUGUAGCUGUUUUUCUGAAUCUCAGUCCUUGCAUUUAUCAUGCAUUUAUCAUUUAUUCCUCCGUAUAGUCACACCAGCUCUUAAUGGCCUCAUAGCCAUGAAUAUUAGAUACACUUCCCUUCACCCCGCAGCAUAAAUGUGAUGAACCAGCCUGAUGUGGCUGAAACAAUACAAACACAAGCCAGUGUGAGUAUCAGGAUCUCAGUCUCAAACAAUAACAUUUCAGACUGCGGUAUUGACUUUACCAUGAUAAUCCAGCCCAGGUUUCCCACAGGAGUAGCAAAAACACACCUUUUUUCCGAAAAAAUAAUUUUUAGCACACUAAGAGUGACUGCAGUGAGAGUAUGUGUGAAACAUCUGUCUGCGUGUCAGGAUUUGUGUAUUUAGAAGCAUGUUUUGUUUAGUAGUAUAGUGAUUAUGGGUAUUCUCCCGAGUGACAUUAGCCUCGGUACAAGCAUAGUAACAGAGAUGAUGGGUUACAAACCAUUACGUCUGGGAGAGAGAGAAAGAAAGAGAGGGAGAGAGGGAGGCGAAUGAGGUGAGCUAGGGGAAGGAGGGUGUGACAAGAGAGCAGCAAAGAUCAGAGGGACUCGUGCUCUUCACAUACUUCUACAUCAGGACCCCUCGCUCACUUAUCUCGUUUUUGACUUUACUGACUGACUGUCUUCAAUUCUGUCCUGUUAUAGUCUGAAUGUGUUGGACCGUAUUCCCUCUUUUUUCUCUGCUGCACUGGAGGAUGCUCUGACCAAGGGGGAAGAAGUUUUCUUUUAGAGACAUGUGUGAGGAGGUCGGGGUUUCCCUUCACAGUGCUGAAGCGUUUAUGUCCGUGUGCACACGUCUGGAGGACAACAGAUUCUAACGGAGCUGCGGUGGGUGUCACUGGAACACAGGAGACAUGGCGGGGGACCUUGUGGUUGGAAUGCUCUACAACUUAUUGUUGCCAAUGCUGCUGUUGGCUGCUUCAGUGUUCCGCUACAAUGGUCUGUCAGUCGUGUAUUUCACGUUCCUGCUCGUCCUACCUCUGAUGCCAAACCCCAGCCUUGUCUCCAUGAAAGAUAAAACAGGGAAGUUCCUGCGAAUAAUCAUUUACACCUGUGUGAUAUUCUUGGCCUUACAAUGCUUCAUGCAGAUUCCCUUCUCCUACAUUCCCGCACAAGUCAGUGGACCUUUGGAUGGGAUCCUCUACCAUGUGGGCAUUGUAAGGUUCAGUUCAGUGGAUCCAGGGAACACUGUACGUCUCCUUGCUCCAGACUUGGGCCUCCUGUUCUCUUCUACAUUUAUCCUGAGACUUUGCACAAAACUACUGCGUCCUGUUCCCCAAGUCAGUCUCCAUGAAAAUGGAAUACCCCCCACUGAACCCGAGGAAGUGGAGACUUCUGACGUGGAGUCAGAGUCGGAGGAAGGAAGUGACACAGAGGGCUCCUCCUUUGACAGCUCGGAGGAGACUACUGUGCCAGUUCAAGCAACUCCACCUCAGUUUGUUCAGAAGCUCAUAGUGUUUGCAGCUGGACUGCGGCUGCUGCUGUCAGCAAUAAUGAACACAGCAGGGAAAGUGGUGGUGACUUUACUGCUGGGUCUGGCAGGUAUUAUCCUGCCCUCACUCACCUCAGGUGUGUACUUUGGGAUAUUUCUGGGACUGGUAUGGUGGUGGGUGUUUGGCCGUUCUCUCAGCCUGCUCCUCUUCAGUUCCCUCUGUGUGAUGAUGGCCAUCUUCAGCGCAGGACAUCUGAUGGCUUUGUACCUCUACCAGCUGCCUUUAUCUCAACAGAUUGUACCACCGGACGAUGUCUAUGCAAGGUUAUUUGGUAUGACGGGUGUCAUCAGAACCAACAGUUCAGACCCCCACAGUCUCGGUCUGCACCCACAUGUCAGCUGGCCUGACUUCAUCAAUCCGUUUGUCCUGCUGUUGCUCUACUACACACUGGUGGCUCUGCUGCACAAAUGGGUUCACAUGACAGAAAUGGAUAAUGUUGACGAAGAAGAUGAAGAAUGUGAGAGUCCACUAGAAAGUCCAGAUGCUCCUCCCAGCUUCUCCAGGGUCAUCUACAUUUCAGGAGAUAAACAGGAGCUUUUGAGCAGCACAGAUGAAGAAACAUAUCUGCCUGAUGAGCCAAUGAUUUUAAUGACCAGCAGUUCCUGGCAGGAUCUCCAUAUGAAUGACCUGGGAUCUCUUUUAGGAGGAGCUGGUUACACAAACUGUUCUGCUCCACCACAGUAUGAAGACAAAGACUCUCCAUCGAACAGUAUAAAGACAGAGAGUCCGGAAGAUGCCGAUAGGAAAGGGGAACUUGAACGUGAGAAGACUGAGGAGGACGAGGAAGUCGCAGAGAGUCCAGCAGUGUCCUCACCUCCUCCAUCAGGACCAGGUGGUUUGGUCGUUUUUGGACAGCUGGUACAAAAGCACAGCUAUGUCAGUGCUCUGAUCAUCAUGAUGGUGUGGAGUAUCACCUACAACAACUGGCUAACGUUCGCCCUGCUGGUUUGGUCCUGCAUUAUUUGGAUGAUGAGAGACCGACGGCGCUACGCCAUGAUGUCUGCUCCGUUCCUGGCCAUCUAUGGCACCGUCCUGCUGGUGCUGGGCUUCCUGAGCGGGCUGCGCCUGAGCCGGUCUGAGCUGUACCCGGGUCUCCCCCCUGCUGUGAUCGUGGACUUCGACCUGAACGGUUACCACCCUGCACCCUGCGUUCACCUGGGAGCCAAGGUUUUCUACAGCUUCAGCUUUUGGCUGAUGUUUCGGCAGCAGCUGGUGGAGAGGAAGGAGGAGCAGAGCUUAAAGGACGAGUCUCUGGAUGAAGUCAAAGUCAUGUCAUUGGAGGAAAAUCAACCAUCACCUCUGUUAACGAUGCUGAUCUCAGGAGUGAAGGGGACGUUGGUGAAAUACUGGAUACUCUUCUGCUGCUCCAUGUUCUUUGUGGUCAGCUUCUCUGGAAAGGUGGUCGUCUACAAGAUCCUCUACAUUGUUCUCUUCUUAUUCUGUGUCGUCCUCUAUCAUAUCCGUUAUGACGUUUGGCGUCGUGUCCUGAAGACGUUCUGGGCAGUGGUGGUUGGUUACUCCAUGGUGGUGCUGAUAGUGAUCUACAUGUACCAGUUCAGGAGUGUGUCUGGACUGUUCAGGCAGAUCAUGGGCAUGUCAGAGGAAGGUCUUCGUGACAUCGGUCUGGAGCGAUACGACACGGUGGAGUUGUUUGCACGUAUCCUCCUUCCUGCUGCGUUUCUAUUAGCUUGUAUUCUCCAGCUGCAUUACUUUAACGCAGACUUCCUGACUCUCACCGACCUGGAAAAUGUACCUGUCAGACAAACCACAAGAGCAGAAGAACUCCAAAAUUCAGUCAAUAUGAUAUCUGACAUCAUCAAAGAAAACAUUGAAAAGCUUCAGAAAAAACUAGUGAAGGACCAAAUAGGAAGUGUAAAAAGCCAAGAGACUCUGGACAGCAUUGAACUGCAGAGCUCCUUUGACGGAGAAGUUGAAGAGCAAGAGACAAGACAGGAAGGAUCUGUGACCAAUGAUCAAGAGAACAAGUGGAUCAUAAUUGUGGACCGUGCCAGUUUGCUGAUCAUUCAGGCUCUGUCUGGAAUCCACAGGCUCCAGGAACUGUGCUGGAGACUGUUGGAACUUCACAGCCUGAAAAUAGUUUCUUCUGGUAUUAUCUGGGUGUCAGUGCAAGAGGUUUCUCUCAUGAACUUGCUGUUCUUGGUCCUGUGGGUGUUUGCACUGCCGUUUCCACGAUUGAGGCCGAUGGCCAGCAACAUCUCUGCUGUGUGGGCCUGCGUCAUGGUGGUGUGCAAGAUGUUUUAUCAGCUCAAAGUCAUCAAACCCCUCGAUUACUCCUCCAACUGCACUGCUGGCCUGGCUCCGUCCAACAGCUCAGACCUAAAUGAAGAAGUGGAGCUGAGGGCCAACAUGGUGGAGCUGCUCAGGAGGUCUAUGCUCUACAUUGAACCUGUUGAUCCAGUCUACUGGUGUGGAGCGCUGCGCAAGUGCGAGGGCGGGAUCCUUCCCUGUCUUAGGAACCACCUGAUCGUGUUGGCACUGCUGGCAUUUGAGGCAACAGUUCAUCGCCACCAACUUUACUUCCGUCUCCACAACAACCUCAAGGCUCCUCCUUUUAGCAUCAUCUUCCAGGGGAUAACUCGGCAACACUUGGACCAUGGUGUCUUGCCGUGCAUCAAAUAUUUAAUAAACUUUUGCUUCUACAAAUUUGGACUGGAGAUCAGUUUAAUUGUGGCAGUCAAUGUGAUAGGUCAGAGGAUGGACUUCUAUGCUCUGCUCCAUUCCUGUGCCUUAUUGGUUGUCAUCUUGCGGAGACGCAGGAAAGCUAUCGGGGAGGUGUGGCCUAAAUACUGCUGCUUUACAGCAGGACUCAUGGUUUUCCAGUACCUGCUCUGCAUUGGCAUCCCCCCUGCAUUCUGUGUUGAUUAUCCUUGGAGAACUGCAGGUCAACCGUUGACGUCAAAUGUCAUCAAGUGGUUUUACCUUCCUGACUUUGCCAUGAGACCAAAUCCUUCAUUCAUCUUAUAUGACCACCUCCUGUUGCUCUGCUCGUCUUUGCAGUGGCAGGUUUUCGAGGAGGAAAACCGUGCAGCUGUGAGACUCCUGGCUGGGGACAACGUAGAGAUCAGCCGCAGUCUGGACCCUUGUUCCUUCAACCAGUUCAUACCUGUCAAUAACUUCCUUCACUGCAGGUGUUACCUGGACAUGGUGAAGGUGUUUGUGUUCAGUUAUUUCUUCUGGCUGGUGCUCUGCCUCAUUUUCAUCACCGGCACCACUCGGAUCAACAUCUUCUGUCUUGGAUACCUGGUGGCCUGUUUCUACUUCAUGUUGUUUGGAGGCAGUGUGCUGAUGCAGCCGGUCAAAUACAUCCUGCGUCUGUGGGACUGGCUCAUUGGCUACACCUGCUUUGUGAUCGCUAUGAAAAACCUACUGUCUCUGGGUUCGUGUGCCUUCCUGGACAGUCUGUUGAAGAACGGCUGCUGGUUGAUUCAGGCCUUCAGCAUGUUCUGCACCAUCAAAGGCUACGACGUCCCUGAUCCUGAUGACGAGUGUGAGCUGCCAGAGGGUGAGGCUGGCAUCGUGUGGGAUGCCAUUUGUUUCACUGUCCUUCUGGCUCAGAGGAGAGUCUUUCUCAGCUACUACUUCCUUUACGUGGUGUCCGACCUGAAAUCUUCUAAGAUUUUGGCAUCCAGAGGUGCUGAGCUGUUUGAGGCCAAGGUGAAGAAACUGGUGGCAGCUCGACUGGAGAUGGAGAAGAAGUCGGUGGAGGCUCUGAAAAAACAGAUGGAGAAGAUCAAAUCUAAACAGAAGGGUCAUCCUGAACCGGAGAAGAAAUCUUUAACUCCUGAUCAGGAGCAGACGACACUGGGUGACGAUGAGAAGGCCAAGAAAGAUGCAGGAAAGUGGUGGAAACCCUGGGUCUCUCAGCCUGGAGUGGAAAACAACUGUGGCUACCACCUCUUUGAGAGUGACACAGAGGAGGAAGAGGAAGAAGACAAUGAAAAGAAGGACGAAGAGGAAGAACCACCAAAGAAGAAAUCUGCUUUCCAGCUGGCCUAUGAUGCCUGGGUCACCAGCUCUAAGUCUGCGCUGAAGGAUCUGAAGAUGGAUAAACAGAGACUGAAGAAAGAGGAGAAGAAGAAAGUGAAGAAAGAAUUACGAAGACAGCAGAGCAUGGACAGGGCAGAGUCUAGUGAGGAUGAACUGGAGGAAAGCACAGUGGAUGGAGAGGCAGAGGAGGAAAGAGAGAACAUCCUGCAGCGUGUCAUCAGCACGCUCAAGUUUAGCUUUGUGUUUGUUCAGUCUCUCCUCGACGAUGUGACACAGGGUUUGAACUCAUUCUGCAAAAACAGUCUGAACAUUUCCAAAGUGCUGCGCUUUGAACGGUCGCUUCUCAACCAGCAGCAGAAGAAGGGUAAAGAAGUCAGUCAGGAGAGUGUGAAGCAGUUUUAUGAAACCUGGAUGUCUCGUCAGAACACACACGUGUCUCUGGAAUACUUGGAUGACCUCUCACCUCGGGUCUCUACUCCACCUAAUGCUGCUUCCUCACGUCAUGCAUACGCCAUGUUAAAGAACCAGGCGUCUAAGGCAUCAUGGGGCAGCAGUGUUUCCAGCUGUAUGACAGAUGAGACCAUGCUUUGCUCCAGGCAGCCGACUCAGGAGGAGCUGGAUGAUCCUCCUGUUGUGGCUCCUACCUCUGACAAACUUAGACGAAGACUCCUGAAAACAGCCAACAUCGACCUGACCUCAUUUGAGAUUGAACUGUCACCAAGCUGUGAAGAUGGAUUUCAUCAAAAGGAAAUCCACAGUGGAUACGUGGGUCAACAUGUGGAUUCAGAUGAUGAGAAGAAAUCUGAGCAGGAACAAGAGAAACAAGAGGAGCAGGAAAAGGAGGCAGAGCAAGAGGAGAAUUAUGGGGUUGAGAGAGAAGAGAAACCCCAGUACCAGGAUGAAGAGGAAGAUGAAGAAUACCCAGAAUGCCCCUCACUUGAAAUCAGAGAAAUUGAUGAAGAAAAAAGUGUUGACCUCACUGAAUCUUUCAGGCCUCUCAGUCAGGAAACUAGGAACUUGACAGCCAGCGAGCUCCUGCUAAACAAUAUGUUUGAUAAUGAUGAAAUCUCAGAAUCUGACAAAUUCUUCGUGACGCUGCCCCGACCAGUGAAGUUGAUGUUUGCCCUCUACAACACCAUGGUGUCUAAAUCAGAGAUGCUGUGCUACUUUGUCAUAAUCCUCAACCACAUCGUGUCGGCCUCAUUCCUCUCACUCAUCCUACCAAUUCUCAUCUUCCUCUGGGCCAUGCUGUCUGUGCCUCGGCCCUCAAAACGCUUCUGGAUGACCGCGAUAAUCUACACAGAGCUGACUGUUGUGGUCAAGUACUUUUUCCAGUUCGGUUUCUUCCCCUGGACCACGUCAGCCUACAGAGGCAUCAAUGCUGAGAGGCCAUUUGCUCUGCCAAACAUCAUUGGAGUGGAGAAGAAAGAUGGAUACGUACUGUUUGACCUCAUCCAGCUGCUGGCUCUGUUCUUCCACCGCUCUAUUCUUAAGUGUCAUGGUCUGUGGGACAACAAGGAGGUUGAGAUGCCAGAUUUCUUCAAGAAGCUGAAAAAGAAAGUUGACAAGAAGAAAAUGAGUAGUGGAGAUAAGUCAGUUGGCAAAGACAAACCUGUACGCAGACUGAAGUUUCUCCCUCUUCAAGCCUCCACCACUUCUAUAUUCAGUAGACUAUCAAAAGGAGACUCAGCAGGAGAGGUGAAGCCAAAGAAGCGUCAGAGUAAGAAGAUGAGACGACAGCGAAACAAGACCCCUCUGACCAGGAAGCAGAGGGUCAGACAGCUGAUCAGAGAGAGGAUGUUACAGGCCAAAGCUGCUGUCAUAGAAGUCGCACUUCACAUCUACUUACCCAUAAGGCAGUUUUUUUAUGACAUCAUCCACCCAGAAUACAGUCCUGUGUGCGAUGUCUACGCCCUCAUGUUUCUUGUCGACGUAGUCAACUUCAUCAUCACUAUAUAUGGAUACUGGGCCUUUGGGAAAUAUUCUGCAGCAGCUGACAUCACAGAGUCGCUCUCCGAGGACCAGGUCCCAGAGGCUUUCCUGGUCAUGUUGCUGAUGCAGUUCGGUACCAUGAUUGUGGACCGAGCACUCUACCUAAAAAAGUCCUUGCUGGGAAAGUGUGUGUUCCAGGUUGUGCUGGUGUUUGGUAUACACUUCUGGCUGUUCUUCAUCCUUCCUGGAGUCACUGAGAGGCGGUUCAACAGGAAUCCAGUGGCUCAGAUCUGGUACUUUGUGAAGUGCAUCUACUUUGGUCUGUCUGCUUAUCAGAUCAAAUGUGGCUACCCCAACCGCAUCCUGGGAAACUUCCUCACCAAAAACUUCAAUUACCUAAACCUGUUCCUCUUUCAGGGGUUCCGUUUAGUUCCCUUUCUGACAGAGCUCAGGGCAGUGAUGGACUGGGUUUGGACGGACACCACUUUGUCUUUGUCCAAUUGGAUUUGUGUAGAAGACAUCUAUGCGAACAUAUUCAUCCUCAAGUGUUGGAGGGAGUCUGAGAAAAAAUACCCCCAUCCUCCAGGGCAGAAGAAGAAGAAGGUGGUGAAAUAUGGGAUGGGAGGAUUUCUCAUCUUUACUCUCAUCAGCAUCAUCUGGUUUCCCCUCCUCUUCAUGUCGCUGGUGCAGUCAGCAGCAGGAGUAACCAAUCAGCCAGUAGACGUCUCCAUCGAGCUCAGCAUCGCAGGUUAUGAGCCUCUCUUCUCCAUGAGUGCUCAGGAGCAAAACCUGGUUCCGUACACAGAAGCUGGAUUUGACCGACUCACCAAAGUCUAUGCUACUCAUCCAUCUGCUAUGCAGUUCAUAAUGAACUACUUUGUGGAGGAUAUCGUUGUUGCGAAGAUCAAGAGUGAUGCCAGUCUGCUGUGGAGCAUCAGUCCGGCCAGUCGUAAGGCCAUGAUAGAUGAGCUUAGCAACUCUUCUCACAUAUACAUCACUCUUCGAUGGACGCUGCUAAGAAAUGCGUCCAUAUCCAUGAAUGCAGUGUCAAUAGGAGAACACACUGUAAAGUUUGAGGAUCAGACCUUGAGAGAAGGAAUUGUCCACAUGCUCAACGGCCAGAGCAACAAACCUGUGAUCAUCCCCUCUCUACUGCCAAAGUUCAUUCGGGGUCCCAAAGGACCAGAGUCCAAAAUGGCAACCAGGAUGAAAGUGGAUCUGUCUGAGCGUCCAGACCUCCAUGCACUGGCUUUCUUCAGACCUAUGACUGUUAAACUUGAACAGAUCAAUAAGACGACACAGGACGACGCUGACCAGUGGUGGGUGGUGGAGGAGUGCUCUCCUGUUCUCACCACGAGCCAACUGAAGUGUCAGAGCAUAGAGAUUUUGGUGUUCAACGACAAAGUCAGUCCUUCCAGUCUGGGCUUUUUGGCUGGACAUGGCAUCGUAGGUCUGUACAUGUCUGUGGUCCUGGUCAUUGGAAAGUUUGUCAGGGAGUUCUUCAACGGGAUCUCCAGGUCCAUCAUGUUUGAGGAACUGCCCUGUGUAGACAGAGUCCUUAAACUCUGCACAGACAUUUUUGUGGUGCGGGAGACGGGAGAGAUGGAGCUGGAGGAGACGUUGUUUGAGAAACUCAUCUUCCUGUACCGGUCACCUGAGACCAUGAUCAAAAUGACCAGAGAGAAGAAGGACAGCUAGGGUUCGAGGAGAUCUAGAUGGAUGUAUUGAAGCAAAUAAACUUUAAAUUUGGUUAAUAAGCAACACUUACAUGGAUACGACGUUAGACUCCUGGGUUUAGAAUAAAACUGUGAUUUAAAACCAACCCAGCUCAAACUUUAUUUCAUGAUCAAUAUUAUAUAUAGAUUUGGUUUUAACUGUUCAACAUAAUUUCUAGUUUUCAUGGAGAUUCACCUGUUAGUCAGUAUUUUUGUUUUCCUAUGCAAGGGUUGUUACAAAAUUACAUUCAAUAUAAAUGAUAUAUGACUCAAUAGUUAAAUAAUAUUAAAUUACCCUGUAAAUGUUCAAAUUACCGAGUCCUUGGUACCUUUCCUAGAACAGUGAUUUGUUCAUUUUGUGAAUCUGCAAAGCUCCAGACUGUGACAUUGAUUAUUCUGAACUGCAGCUACACAACACAACAUACCUGCUACACAUCUGGGAAAUGCAUGUAUUUCUGAUUUGAGAACUAGGUUUGUACUGAUGUGAAUGUAAAAUAUCUGAGUCAUUGUAGUCAUUGAUCAGCAUACACACACAAGCAAACAUACCUCUGUACUGUAAAUACUGACAUCUUCAUAUAUACCUCUGCACCGAUUUAUUUCUAUCAAAAUAAAAAUGUAGCUACAAACCAAAUUCUUUCAGUGUCUCGUUCUUUAGUGAAUAAUGCCUUCACAAAAAAAAAUAAUACUAAAGGUAACAGUAUGUGUUAUUCAUCUUUUAUUCUUUUUAAUUACAGAUGAAAAAGGAAAAAACAGCAAUUUCAUUUGGGCCCUCUUUUGGUCAUCUUGGUGUUAUCCAUCUCUCUGUUCCAACAAUAAAGAGGACAGUCACAGGACCUCGCACCUCCAGGAAAAAAACAUCUACAU